GCGCGAUAGCCGCCGUUGGGGCGGGUUCCGAGGCGUGUGUGUGUUCUGCGCACCUCAGGAGUGUAAUGUCUCAGGAAGGCGAUUAUGGGAGGUGGACCAUAUCCAGUAGUGAUGAAAGUGAGGAAGAAAAGCCAAAACCAGACAAGCCGUCUACCUCUUCUCUUGGGCGAGGAGCAGCAAAUGAGCCCAGGUACACCUGUUCCGAGGCCCGGAAAGCUGCACACAAGAGGAACGUAUCACCUGUGAAAUUCAGCAACACAGAUUCAGUUUUACCUCUCAAAAGGCAGAAAAGCGGUUCCCAGGAGGACCUAGGUUGGUGUCUGUCCAGCAGUGAUGAUGAGCUGCAUCCAGAAAGGCCUCAGAAGCAGGCUGAGAAAGUGGUGAUCAAAGAGGAGAAGGACAUCUCUGCUCCCAGUGAUGGCGCUGCCCAAAGAACUGAAAAUCAUGGCCCUCCCACCUGCCACAGGCUCAAAGAGGAGGAGGAAAAUGAAUACGAGACGUCAGGGGAGGGCCAGGACAUUUGGGACAUGCUGGAUAAAGGGAACCCUUACCAGUUUUACCUCACUAGAGUCUCGGGAAUUAAGCCAAAGUAUAACUCCGGAGCCCUCCACAUCAAGGAUAUUUUAUCUCCUUUAUUUGGGACGCUUGUUUCUUCAGCUCAGUUUAACUACUGCUUUGACGUGGACUGGCUUGUAAAACAGUAUCCACGAGAGUUCAGGAAGAAGCCAGUCCUGCUUGUGCAUGGUGAUAAGCGAGAGGCUAAGGCUCACCUGCAUGCCCAGGCCAAGCCUUACGAGAACAUCUCUCUCUGCCAGGCAAAGUUGGAUAUUGCAUUUGGAACACACCACACGAAAAUGAUGCUGCUGCUCUAUGAAGAAGGCCUCCGGGUUGUCAUACACACCUCCAACCUGAUCCACGCUGACUGGCAUCAGAAAACUCAAGGAAUAUGGUUGAGCCCCUUAUACCCACGAAUUGUUGAUGGAACCCACAAAUCUGGAGAAUCGACAACACAUUUUAAAGCUGAUCUCAUCAGUUACUUGAUGGCUUAUAAUGCCCCUUCUCUCAAGGAGUGGAUAGAUGUCAUCCAUAAGCACGAUCUCUCUGAAACAAAUGUUUAUCUUAUUGGUUCAACCCCUGGACGCUUUCAAGGAAGUCAAAAAGAUAAUUGGGGACAUUUUAGACUUAGGAAGCUUCUGAAAGACCAUGCCUCCUCCAUACCUAACGCAGAGACCUGGCCCGUAGUAGGCCAGUUUUCAAGCAUUGGCUCUUUGGGAGCUGAUGAAUCAAAGUGGUUAUGUUCUGAGUUUAAAGAGAGCAUGCUGACACUGGGGAAGGAAAGCAAGACUCCAGGAAAAAGCUCUGUUCCUCUUUACUUGAUCUAUCCUUCUGUGGAAAAUGUGCGGACCAGUUUAGAAGGAUAUCCUGCUGGGGGCUCUCUUCCCUAUAGCAUCCAGACAGCUGAAAAACAGAAUUGGCUGCAUUCCUAUUUUCACAAAUGGUCAGCUGAGACUUCUGGCCGCAGCAGGGCCAUGCCGCAUAUUAAGACAUAUAUGAGGCCUUCUCCAGACUUUAGUAGAAUUGCUUGGUUCCUUAUCACAAGCGCGAAUCUGUCCAAGGCCGCCUGGGGCGCACUGGAGAAGAAUGGCACCCAGCUGAUGAUCCGCUCCUACGAGCUUGGGGUCCUCUUCCUCCCUUCAGCAUUUGGUCUAGACAGUUUCAAAGUAAAACAGAAGUUCUUCGCUGGCAGCCAGGAGCCAAUGCCAUUUCCUGUGCCAUAUGAUUUGCCUCCAGAACUGUAUGGAAGUAAAGAUCGGCCAUGGAUAUGGAACAUUCCUUAUGUCAAAGCACCGGACACACAUGGGAACAUGUGGGUGCCCUCCUGAGAAUCCUGAGGCACUGUUUUAAGUUUAAGAAAACUAAGGCUUCAGCCUUUUCUGAUGCUACCCUCGAUGUACGAAAACAUUCAAACCUGACAUCAGAUGAGCCCAACAGCCAAGAAAGGAAACACGGAGAGCCCGGGGGCUGGUAGUGGAAGCUGACAUCAUAGUGGGCUGGCCUAGCAGUUUAAUCCGAGUGUCCAAAGGACUAUGGCAAAGAUUGUAAUUCUCACCAUGCACUGGUCCUACCCAGGUUGGGGCAGGGGCAGCAUAGGCUUCUGGGUAGUGCCAGGCAAGCCUCAUGGUCAGCAGGGCAUCCUCAUAAAGCUGCAGUCAGUUGGCCUGCUCUGCAGCAGGACCCAGCCAAUCAAGAUGAUGGUAGCAGAUUGACAUCUAGACGAUGGCUGUGUGGGGUCACAUGG